AUGUUCAAAUCACUAGUUACUGUCUUGCCAAAAAUCGUCAAGAAACAAUUUUUUCAAAGAAAUUGCGCCUCCACUUUAGCUUUCAUUGAAAGUUCAAAGGAUGGUUCUGUUUCAAGGUCAUCAUUAAGUUUGUUGGCUGCAGCACAAAAGCUAUCUAAUCCUAUUACCGCGGUGAUCACAGGUAGCCAAGCUGAGAAAACUGCCCAAGCGUUGAAAUCUUCUUACGCCUGCAACAACUUAGAGAAAGUUGUCAUAUUCGAGGAUCCAAAAUUAGAUACUUGUCUGCCUGAAGAACUAACCCCGUUGUUCGUGAAAUUGUUAAAGAACAACGACUAUUCGCAUUUUGUUGUCUCAAAUUCUUCUGUUGGGAAAAGUGUUUUACCUCGCGUAGGUGCGCUCUUGGAUGUACAGCCUGUUUGUGAAGUUACUGUAAUCAAAGACCCUAAGACAUUUGUUCGGCCAAUUUAUGCCGGGAAUAUUAUUUCAACAAUAGAAUGCCCAGCAGAAAAAAAGCUAUUGAGUAUUAGAGCAUCAGCUUUCACUCCAAUUAUGGAAGGCAGUAUGGAAUCCGUCGCCAUUGAGAAAGGAACUGAUAUACCGCCUUCUGAUUUGGAUGUCAUCUGGGUUAAAACUCUCCUUACUAAAAGUGAAAGGCCUGAGCUCACUUCUGCGGAGAACGUGGUAACUGGUGGAAGGGCACUCAAAGAUAAAAAGACAUUUGAAGAAUUACUCUCUCCAUUAGCGGACGUUUUGCAUGCUGCAAUGGGUGCCACAAGAGCUUCCGUUGAUAACGGUUUAUGUGAUAAUUCUCUACAAAUUGGCCAGACUGGUAAGGUGGUUGCACCAAAUUUGUAUAUAGCUGUUGGUGUUUCCGGUGCAGUUCAGCAUUUAGCGGGAAUGAAGGAUUCGAAAGUUAUCGUUGCCAUUAACAACGAUCCUGACGCCCCUAUUUUCAAUGUUGCUGACUACGGGUUACAAGGAGAUCUUUAUAAGAUUGUUCCUGAACUAACCGAAAAACUUCGUAGAUAA